AGGCGCCAAAGAGGAGUGCAGAGAUCGAGAUCAAGCCUAUGAGCCCAGCAGUUGAAGUGCAGCCAGAUGAAGGACCGUCAGACUUCUGCAAACAGAAGGUCAUGAACGAUACCGAAUCUUUGCUUGGAGACCUUGAUGCUCUAUUCUUCAACAGCUGGGCCCGUCCUGGUGACGAUCUGCAACCUGAAAUCAUGCUGAUAUGUCAAAAGUGGAAACAAAAGCAGUUGCAGCAAGCUUCCAGCGAGAACAGUGCAGAGACAGUGGGCAUGAUGGACGCGUGGAUCGAAAAAGUCUUGGAAGAGCUCCAGAGGGUUCUUUGCGAAGAAGCCUCAACUGUCCAUGGCCGUGUGUCCGGCGAAACCAAUAUUUGGAUGCUGCAACCAAAGAUUUUGGAGAGCUGGCAAAGACUUUGUGGUGAUUCGACUCCAGUGCUGAAAGCUACAGUCACUACAACUGAGGCGCCAAAGAGGAGUGCAGAGAUCGAGAAAGAGCCUAUGAGCCCGGCAGUUGAAGUGAAGCCAGAUGAAGGACCGUCAGACUUCUGCAAACAGAAGGUCAUGAACGAUACCGAAUCUUUGCUUGGAGACCUUGAUGCUCUAUUCUUCAACAGCUGGGCCCGUCCUGGUGACGAUCUGCAACCUGAAAUCAUGCUGAUAUGUCAAAAGUGGAAACAAAAGCAGUUGCAGCAAGCUUCCAGCGAGAACAGUGCAGAGACAGUGGGCAUGAUGGACGCGUGGAUCGAAAAAGUCUUGGAAGAGCUCCAGAGGGUUCUUUGCGAAGAAGCCUCAACUGUCCAUGGCCGUGUGUCCGGCGAAACCAAUAUUUGGAUGCUGCAACCAAAGAUUUUGGAGAGCUGGCAAAGACUUUGUGGUGAUUCGACUCCAGUGCUGAAAGCUACAGUCACUACAACUGAGGCGCCAAAGAGGAGUGCAGAGAUCGAGAAAGAGCCUAUGAGCCCGGCAGUUGAAGUGAAGCCAGAUGAAGGACCGUCAGACUUCUGCAAACAGAAGGUCAUGAACGAUACCGAAUCUUUGCUUGGAGACCUUGAUGCUCUAUUCUUCAACAGCUGGGCCCGUCCUGGUGACGAUCUGCAACCUGAAAUCAUGCUGAUAUGUCAAAAGUGGAAACAAAAGCAGUUGCAGCAAGCUUCCAGCGAGAACAGUGCAGAGACAGUGAGCAUGAUGGACGCAUGGAUCGAAAAAGUCUUGGAAGAGCUCCAGAGGGUUCUUUGCGAAGAAGCCUCAACUGUCCAUGGCCGUGUGUCCGGCGAAACCAAUAUUUGGAUGCUGCAACCAAAGAUUUUGGAGAGCUGGCAAAGACUUUGUGGUGAUUCGACUCCAGUGCUGAAAGCUACAGUCACUACAACUGAGGCGCCAAAGAGGAGUGCAGAGAUCGAGAUAAAGCCUAUGAGCCCAGCAGUUGAAGUGAAGCCAGAUCAAGGACCGUCAGACUUCUGCAAACAGAAGGUCUUUCGCGGAAUUCCGAGGCUUCUUGGAGAUCUAGAGGGGCUUUUUGCAGACAGCUGGGCUCGUCCUGGGGUGGAUUUGCAACCUGAAAUGACGGAGCUUUGCCAGACAUGGAAGAGCAAGCAGCUCCAACAACUGACGCAAGUGGAAGCCUCUGAGACUUUGCCGUGGAUCCAAACGUUGUUGGAUCAAGUGGAGAAGGUGCUUCAUCAAGAAGCCGUAACUGCAGAUGGCCGGUUGUUGGGCACUGAUUUUACCAGGUGCCAGCAACAGAUCGUUGAAUCUUGGGAGAAGGACAACCCGACUGCUUUGCUUCGGGACGUAAAAACAUCCAACCGUGCAAAGUCUUCACAGGCUGCAAACUCUGGGGCGAAAGCGACGAAGAUGAGCGAUGCUAAGCAAAGGUCAUCUGCCGUGCACGAGACCCAGCGGCCCCAGCGAUCCCAGAGACCUGGGGAGUUUCUCCGGGUGAAAAAGCGACAAGCCCUGCCCCAGGCAGGAAGCAUCCUCAUGAAGGAAUCCCGAGAUCAAGCCCAUCCGUGACCAGGUGCCGCUCAAAAGAUGUCGGACGACCGUCGGAUGGCGCUGGGCCAAGGGCCUAAGCCCCUGCGCGUUUGCGCCGAAGGACACAUUUUUCGGUGCACCUGGCGACAGAUGGAGAAAUGAGUCGUUGCGAGUCGCUAGUGCCGGUGGUGUCAAUGUG